AAAAGAGUGCAAUAGAAAAUAUAAAAAUAUAAAAUAUACAUAGAAAUAGAAAAUCCGUUUUAAUACCAAAACGAAUAUGUUUUGCGCCGUCGAGGAGUGCAGGACCCCCCUGACGGGAAGCAGCCAGAGCUCCUUCAGAUUUCCCAUCGAUUCAAAGCUGCGCCUUCAGUGGACCCUCUUCUGCCGCCGAAUUGACGACAUAAAUUACCCAAUGAAAGGGAUUUGCGGCUGGAUCGGGGGGUCUGUGGAUAUCUGACACCCCUCAAACUAAAGCCAGAAGCUGUGCCCAGCCUGCAAUCGCAUCAAGAUAUGGAUUUAGAAAUAGUUGAGGAGCAUUUGCUGCCACCAGAGACAAACGAGGAAACUCUAAUGGUGCAAUACGAUAAAGAGCCUGCCAGGAACCAGCCAGAGGAGUCGGAGAGUGAUUACGAAUUUGAGGAACUGCCUGCGGAGGAGUGUCUGCAAGUACAGGUGGUGGACGCCGAUGGCUACCUUAAGGUCUUGGAGAAGGAAAACUCCGAACUGAAACGCGACAACUUAAUAAUGAAUCUGUCCAUCCAGACCAGCGAAAGGGACACGGAGAGACUGCAACGGCAGCUGGACAAAUCGAAUGACCUCUAUGGACAACUCGUUACAAAUUUGGAGAGGAUAUUCUCCCCGGCCCAAAUCGAAAAGAUUCAGAAUGACAGGCGUAUCGUGUGGCCCAGGGCGGACCUAAUAGAAGCGCAUAAUCUGUAUGCGGCCAGCAGAAGUGUCUGCAACAUCCUGCUGAGAAGGAACUAUCCACUACCCUCUGUGCGGACAAUGCAGUACUGGGAAGCCCGUGAGCGGAACCGAACCGCGAGCGCAGCGAAUCAGACUGCCCAGCGGAGCGCAACAGAGCAGGCCAUGUCCCAUCUGCUCGAGGUCAUUGAUGCGAUCAACCUGGUUCACAAUUACACCUAGCGUACACCCACCAUAUCCAUCUAUCCUGAUGUCGUAGAUAACAUCAACUUGGAUCACAAUUAUACAAAGGCCGAGUUCCCAUAAACAAGAUGCCACAUAGUAAGGUGUCGAUCGAGUUUAAUCGAAGCUGCGAACACAUUCAAUUAUUUAGAUACAUCAAUGUGAGGUAUUUUUAUAAAUCAUCAGUUUAUGAAGAUUUGUGUUUUUUUAUGUUUUAAGAGGUUUUAACUCUCUAAAAUGUCUCUGCUCCAUUUCCCGUCGGACUUUUUCGAUUAAAUGUACAUGUAUACAUAUGUAUAAUAGAUUUAAUCAGUAUAAGUUUAAUCAAAGCAUUAUUAUUCGAUGCCAUACGCAAUAUAAUGCCACUGUUCGAUUAACUUUGUUAUGUUCUCACGGGCCAUCCAUUAAGUUGUUGUUACGUUGUACAGGAAACAUUAUUAAAUAGGACUAAGGGAUAUCUGAAUAAAACAGUAAUGUAUAAAUAUAAUAUAAUAAUAUAGUAAUAAACGAGACAUUCCAUAUUGAAUAAAUUGCAUUUAUUAGAAUAUGGAACUAAGACUAAUUUGUUGAUUGGAUACUGUUGCACCUGAAGCGCACACAGCCUGCGAUUCAGCGAUUCACUGUCCAACGGUGUCAAUAAUGUAUGUACGAGUAUAUCCCUUCCUACUUAGUCGCUUCUCUGGUUUUAGUUGCUUCCGAUUUACAUACAAUUUGUAACUAAAUAUAUAUAAAUAUACAUAUGUAAAAACUAAACGGGGAU